CCCCGGGGCGCCGCCAUGUUGGUAAAGGGAGUGGAGGCGCAGGGCGACCGGAACUUCGUGAUCUCGCGGGAACGAGAAGCGUGACUGCCACGUCCGAGCGCCCCGCGAGCGGAGAGGGUCCGGAGCCGCGUGAUGGCCAAGGGCCUGCGGGCCCCCCACUGGGUGGCUGUGGGGCUGCUGACCUGGGCGGCCUUGGGGCGACUGGUGGCCGGACACGAAAGUCAUGGUGACCCGCACAAGGAUGUGGAAGAGGACUUCCAUGGCCACAGCCACAGGCACUCACACGAGGAUUUCCACCAUGGACACAGCCAUGCCCAUGGCCAUGGGCACACUCACGAAAGCAUCUGGCAUGGGCACGGCCACGACCAUGGCCAUAGCCAUGGCCACUCUCAUGAUAACCACCACAGAGGACACGGACAUGACCGUGAACACAGCCACAAGGUCCCUAAGGAGAUGGAGCCUCCAAGCAUCAAGCAUCACCUGGACACUGUCACCCUCUGGGCCUAUGCAUUGGGGGCCACAGUGCUGAUUUCUGCAGCUCCAUUCUUCGUUCUCUUCCUCAUCCCAGUGGAGUCAAACUCCCCUAGACAUCGCUCUCUGCUCCAGAUUCUGCUCAGUUUUGCUUCUGGGGGUCUCCUGGGUGAUGCCUUUCUGCACCUCAUCCCCCAUGCUCUGGAACCUCAUUCUCAUCACACAGUGGAGCAACCAGGACAUGGACACUCCCACAGCGGCCAUGGCCCUAUUCUGUCUGUGGGGCUGUGGGUUCUCAGUGGAAUUGUCGCCUUCCUUGUGGUGGAGAAAUUUGUGAGGCAUGUGAAAGGAGGACAUGGUCACAGUCACGGACCUGGAGAUGGUCACGCACAUGGACGACAAGAGCAUCCUUCAAAUGAGAAGCACAGCUCAGAAGAAGAAAAGGAAGCAGGAGGUUUGCGAAAGAGAAGAGGAGGGAGCACAGGGCCCAAGGAUGGGCCAGUGAGACCUCAGAACACUGAAGAAGAAAAAACAGGUUCAGAUCUGCGUGUGUCUGGGUACCUGAAUCUGGCUGCUGACUUGGCACACAACUUCACAGAUGGUCUAGCCAUCGGUGCUUCCUUUCGAGGGGGCCGAGGGCUGGGGAUCCUCACCACAAUGACUGUCCUGCUGCAUGAAGUGCCUCAUGAGGUUGGGGACUUUGCCAUCUUGGUCCAGUCUGGCUGCAGCAAAAAACAGGCAAUGCGUCUACAACUACUGACAGCAGUUGGAGCACUGGCAGGCACAGCCUGUGCCCUCCUCACUGAAGGCGGGGCAAUGGGCAGUGAAGUUUCAGGCCCUGGCUGGGUUCUGCCCUUCACCGCAGGUGGUUUUAUCUAUGUAGCAACCGUGUCUGUGUUGCCAGAGCUGCUGAGGGAGGCGGCCCCGCUGCAGUCGCUCCUGGAGGUGCUGGGGCUGCUAGGGGGUGUCUUCAUGAUGGUGCUGAUUGCCCACCUUGAGUGAGGGAGGGAUAAGCUGCCCCAGAGCUCCACCCCUGACUCCAGGUAAGGAGUCUGUGGUGGUUGGGGACCUGGCCAGGGAAACCUGCCAGAGGCUGGAGUUUUAGCCUAGCACAAUAAUGACUUUGGCAUUAGGGCCUUCAGGGUUUGGCAGUCAUACAGAGAAUGAGAGGCCAGAGGGACCAAAGUGUUGGACAGUGCCCAACCCUAUUGUUGCUUUGGAGGGUUAAAUGGGUCUAUGAAGAAGGGCUGGGGUGACGCCUGGUGGCCCCUGCCCUACUUGUUCUUUGAGGACCAAGCUGCCAUAAAAGGGUUCUCCAAGACCUAUCACCCUCUCUCCUGGGAGAAGACCUGGACAGAGGGGGUGCCAGGAGGAGUUAGGGAUCAACACCCAUCAAUCGUGUGUCCUGAUUUGAGAAUGGGGGUGGGAGAGGGUUAGUUGGUAAAUCUCAUGGCCUGAUCUUGUACUCAUUUUAUAUCACUGUUUGAAUCGAGGAGGGAGCAAUGACUGGGAAUAAAGUCCUUAGAUCUUCUGCCUCA